UCCUUUUUGUGAUUUACUAAGUGACAAGCGUAACGGGACUUCGUGUUGAAAGUUAGGGCGCGUACAAGAACAGCGACCGUGGUAACGUUACAACCGUAGCGUACAUACUUGAUACGUUAGUUUGUUGGAUUCUAGCAGAACUUGAACCAAAAGUGCGCAAUGUUACGGCUUGUGACGGUGCUCGCCUGUGUAUCCCAUAUCGCCGCGCAGCAGGGCAGCCCUGGUUGCCUGCUGCGCGCUGUGGAAGGAAAUCCCCGGAUGUUCGCAGUGAAGGCGGGGAUGUUCCAGCGGGAAUUCCCCUGCCCGGAAAACACCCUCUUCAACGCGAAUCAGUGCGGCUGUGGUUGGGUUGAGAACCCCAUCAAUAAAUCACCGGACGAGCUGGCCCGGCAGGCGAUGCGUCCCUUGAAUGGCGUGGACAUGGGCAUGGGAAUGGGCUUAACUGACAUGAAUGCCAUGGGCGCCGGGGAUCCGCGUGCCAUGGAACCUCUCACCGCCCCUGUCUCCACAACCAGACCCCCAUGCACGUUGCGGCCACACGUGGACAGACACAUGUACGAGGAGUUCAUUCUCGGGUUUGACUGGAUGAUCCGGAAGUGCCCAAUGGGGACCCUUUACAACCCCGAGCACUGCGCCUGCCACGACCUUGAUCCCGACCAGAGAUACAUCUGCCAGCCGGAGUUGUGGAUCAAUUUUAACGGCCAGGAGAUCGAGGAUUCAGCGGGCUAUCAGAUAUCGGUGGGUAAUAACGGAAACGUGAAGAACGUGAGCAAUGCGGGCCGCUUCGACGGAACGGGCACGCUGACGGUGUGGCAGUAUGCCAACCAAGACCUGGGCACCCAGCUCACCGUCAACCUCAGGUUCUACGAAUUUCCGGGCGGAGUCUCCGACGAGCAGGUGCUGCUAUCAAACUGUUACGGACGGCAGCUGGGUUCCGUGGAGAUCUCUCUUAACCAGCAGAUGAAGGUGGUCAUCUUCCGUGUAGAGGCCAGGGUCGGGCGCUACCCCGAGGGUGUCGAGAUAUCCAUCCCGUACAGAGAGAAGGCGUGGAAGAAUGUGACGUUGACGUAUGAUGGGAACCAGGUGACGGGACAGGUGGACGAGGAGAUCAAGUCACAGCCGCUCAAAGGUCGCGUUAGCACCAGAUACAACGGUCUGCUCAUCGGAAGCUGCAACGGCCGAGGAUUUGUUGGAUAUAUUGACGAUUUGCGCGUGUACCGCUGCCUCAUGAACGGCGACCAGUUCCAGGCAGGCUUCCCCGCCACUGGAAUGAACGCCGGUGGCAUGAUGAACAUGCCCUAGCCGCCCGUGCACCUUUCCGGCUGGGUCACACAUCACAGGCGGAUCAAUGGCAGCAAAAGAGAGGCGCGUUAAUUCAGUUUGCAGUCAGUCAUCAUCACUACAAGUGCAACUUUACACAAACGCACUUGCUCCACUUGACUGUGCGGAUUAAAUAUAUGUAUAUGUACAUACCAAAUGCAGUCUUUGAUAGUUCGUAUUGUUCAUUAUCAUUUUAAUGACUUUCAUUGCCAUGCGAUAUAUAUUUAUUGUCAUAUUUAGAAGUAAAUAUUUACAUAA